CUGGACGAUCGAGGGCGUUUUGGUAUUUUGUCGUGGACGUGAGGCUUACCCAGGGGCCAUCUUCAGCCAUAUAGUUACGAUAUCUAACGUUCCCGCAACAGCUUCCAUUUCAUUCAUUUCCACCUGCAGAAACCGUUCCCGCCUCCCCUCUCUCUCUCUCUCUCUCACAAGCCAUAACCGCCGUUUUGGUGUGGGACAGAGAGACGAUGGGGAUGAUGCCGUCGUCGGAGCGGAAAUGCAGGAGGAGUCCGAGGAGCCCCCUCCUCCCUCACGGGCACAGCGGUGGCGGCGGUGAUGCAUCAUACUGUGGCGCCGUGUUCAACCUCUCCACCACCAUCAUCGGCGCGGGGAUCAUGGCCCUGCCGGCUACUCUGAAGCAAUUAGGCCUUGUACCAGGCCUCAUCAUGAUUGUCCUCGGUGCCGUUCUCACGAACUCCUCGAUCGAGACGAUUCUGAAGUUCAGCCGAGCUUCGAGGUCCAACACUUACUCUGGCCUCGUGGCUGACUCCUUCGGCGUCCGGGGGAGGUACCUGCUCCAGGUCUGCAUCGUCGUCAAUAAUCUCGGCUUGCUCGUUGUUUACAUGAUCAUCAUAGGCGACGUGUUAUCGGGGUCGGGGUCAAGCAAGGUUCAUCAUUCGGGGCUGAUCGAGGAAUGGUUGGGUCAGCACUGGUGGACCUCACGCGCUUUCUUGAUGCUCUGCACGACUCUCUUCGUCUUUACUCCUCUCAUUUCUUUCAGGCAAGUUGAUUCACUGAGAUACACAUCGGCGGUGUCAGUUGGGUUGGCCAUUGUGUUUGUAGCAAUCACGGCAGGAAUAGCAAUAGCUAAGUUAGCAAAUGGGAGCGUGGCAAUGCCGCGUUUAAUGCCCAAACUCGAUGGUGUGAGCGCAUUUUGGAGGCUUUUCACAACCAUCCCAGUACUAGUUACUGCGUACAUCUGCCAUCCCAACGUACACCCUAUUGAGAAUGAACUAGCAGAACCUGCGAGAAUGAGGUCCAUAGUCCACAUAUCUCUCGUGCUCUGCACAUCUGUCUACGUCGCAACCAGCUUAUUUGGAUUUCUUCUCUUUGGGGACGAGACCAUGGAUGAUGUGCUAGCAAAUUUCGACGGUGAUCUGAGAAUUCCAUACAGCUUAGCUCUCAAUGACUUGGUCAGAGCAAGCUACGGGGUUCACCUGAUGCUCGUAUUCCCUAUAGUGUUUUUCUCCCUCCGCCUCAACCUUGACGGCCUUCUCUUCCCGUAUUCCAAGCCCAUUGCAUUUGACAACCGGAGAUUUUAUUCUCUGACGGCAUCCUUGAUGGGUCUAAUCUUCCUUGGAGCGAACUUCAUGCCCAGCAUUUGGGAUGUCUUCGAAUUUACUGGGGCCACAGCGGCUGUCUCAGUCGGAUUUAUCUUUCCUGCUGCAGUCGCACUUAAGGACCCUCAUGGGAUAGCAACCAACAAGGACAAGCUGGUCUCAUGGGUGAUGAUCUUGCUGGCCUUAAUAUCAAGCACGGUGGCCAUGUCGAGUGAAAUUAGCAGCAUGUUUAGCCUCAACAACGGAUCAUGAUUCCAUGCAAGGGGAAGUAUGAUUCGUUCGGCGUUUGCUCAGGACAAUGUUUCCUGUUUUCAACACAGAGACGGAAGUACAUGGAUCUUCGGUUGGACUUAACAUCUCCAUUAACAAGAAUAUGAUUACAUUUUUUACACGAUCACACUUGGACUUGUACCACCACUCAGUAGCAACCGCAACGCUCGUGAGGCCCUCAAUUAUCUCUCUCUGAAGCUUGUAUUUCUUAGCAGUCUCGAUGGCAUCGAUGUGAGCGAGCAAAGAUGUUUUUUUUUUUUACUGUAAAAGCUAUUUAUCUUUAGAAUUACCAACAUAGAAGCUGUUGACAGGGGAGAGAAAUAAGGACAUGUUUGAUUCGCAGGAAUCGAUCGGGAAUGGAAUAUCUAUUCCGUACGGAAUACUCAUUCCGACGUUUGAUUCAUAGGAAUGCGGAAUAGCUAUUCCGUGUCGGAAUAGUUAUCCGGCUUGCAUCAGGAAUAUGGGUGCCUCCCUCGAACGUCCGGAAUGGCUAAUCUACAUCCGGAAAAUGCGUGAAAAGCCGAAAAUUCCCUCAAGUUUCUUCACUUAUUACAAUCUCAUGCCAUCCACUUCUCCAUUAGCCAUUCCGAAGAGUUCUUUGAUCAGACAAAGUACAAAAGCAAGCUGGGUCUUGAAAUUCACCUCUCCCGGAGCUGAACUUGAAAAGGCUUGAGUAGAUUAUGCAUGAAAUUCUUCGAUCUGGACAUAGCUCAAGCAGCAGCAGCAAAUUCGCAGCUACCCAUCAAAGAAAAGAACACUAAAACCCCAACAACCCUGAGAAAGAGAACAGUCUCUCCAUGGAAUUACUGGAAUUACGAGGAGCUUGGCUGAUGCUUUCGAGCUAAACUUUUGUUGAGCCAAAAUGCCAAAAAAGGCACAGCGGUGAAGAAAGCAACUGUUAAUUCUCUUCUUUUCUUCGUUUCCUUUUGUUUCCCUUGAUAUGAGAUUAGAUUAGAAUAAUGUUUCCUAGCUAGGAAGAUUGUGCCAUUUGUCGUAUGGAAACCCGAGAAGGAAGGAACUGGCUGAGGUAUGAAGGAGUAAUGGCGAAGGUCCAAACGGCUCUUCAUGGUGCAGAGCAUUCGUGUAGAGGGCAUUUUCGUGAAAACCCGAAUGGCUCUUCGUGGCAGUUCUCGGGCAAGCCUGGGGGGAGGAGUGACGAGUGUGAGGUCGGAGAAGAGGUUCUCGUCGAGUGGCUCCGAAGAGGAAGACGCCGCGGGGGAUCAGGUGGAGGUGGACGUGACAGGUCGAUGGGCUGGGGCUGAGGCUGGGUAGCAAGAGGUCGACCUUGACCCCGUUUGCGAACGAUCUAGGCGGUGGGGGAGCUGUGUACAGUUCGUCUUCUUCAUGUUGAAGAAGAUGAACAGUGCAUUUUCUUUUUUUUUUUUAAUUCUAUUUAAUAUAAUAUUUUAAUAUAUUUUAAAAGAAGAGUAUUUAUGUC